AUGGGUAGAAAGAAAGUGAAGUUGGCUUUCAUGGAAAAUCGCAAUGCGAGGAGAGUCUCAUAUAGAAAACGACUAAAGGGAUUUUUAACAAAGGCUCGUGAACUCAACACCCUUUGCGAUGUUGAAUUGACUACCUUAGUCAAUAGCGAUUAUCAUGAUGAACCUGAAGUGUUUCCAAAUCAUGAAGUUGUUACAAGCGUCUUUACAAAGUUUAUUGAUCUUCCAGAGGAGAAGAGAUCAAAAAACAUGAAAACAUAUGAAAUGAUAACUGAGAAAAGGAUCGAGAAAAUUGAGAAGGAACUUGAGAAGGUAAGGAAGGAAAACAAGAAAAUGGAGUAUACAAACCAGAUGUAUGAAUUGUUGAAUGGUGAAGAGAUGCCCAAUAAUAGGCUCCCAGAAUAUUUCAACGAUCUCUGUUAUGUGAUUAAAAAGCACCUCAAACUGAUAAAUGAUGGGAUCAAAGAAAAAACUAACAACGAAGGUUCGUCAUCAAAUGCUCCUCUACCUAUUGAUGCACCAAUCAAUUCUGAUGUGACCAGCUUCGACAUGCAAUGGGAUCCUCUUCUGGUCCCUAUUGAUUCUCAAGUACUAUCCGAGAUUCCUCUUUUGGUUUCAUCUACUAUACCUAGUGGGAUCAACUUUGAUGGGCCAAGGGCUCCUCUUAAUCUAAGUCCACCAUCGAUGAUUCCUUCAAAUGCUCCUUCUCAAAUGCUACAAUUCAUGUUUCCUUUGAACAAUCCUCCUCGAAUGAUUCCACAUGUGGAUCUUUCACAGGUUCCUUUUUUGUUAUCAUCACAAAGGUAUCCUGAAAUGGCUUAUCCAAUCCUUCCAACAACAAUAGCUUAUCCAACGCCUUCACCGACAAUUACUCCUCCAAUGUCUAAUUUAGUUAUUACUCAAUCGGCACCACAAAUCGACCCUUUGAUUAAUAUCCCCCCAAUGAGUUCAUCAACACCAAUGGGUGACAACGUUGAUGGAUCACUAGGGAUUCCACGGAGUCCUUCAUUUUCUGAUUUGCUGAGUUUGAAUGAUGAUGAGCUAAUGACUUUAUUUGAUGAUACAUCAUUCAACAUUAAUGUACAAGAUCCAAAUCACCACCACAACAACAACUUAUAA